AACUAAACUUCAGUUGAGCCGGCGGUGUCCUAACGUAAACGUCGCGUAUGUGCUAUGUCGGUCGGUAACUGCUCACGUACUUUUCAAACUUGUAAAAUACAGUGCUAAACGACUCGGUUUACUACAAAACAAGUGUGUUUCGAAUUUCCACGUAAAAUUCGACGAAAUCUCGACGCGAGUGUACAGUGUGUUUGAAUUUUAGUGCCGUAGUUAGUCGUGUUUUAGUCGUUCAACCGUAAUCAGAUUAAAUAACGACGUUUGAAAGCAACAGUGCAAGUUCAUAAUAGUUCAACUUCCAUCAGCGUUACACUAGAUAAAUAUUUUAGUAAAAUAUUCAACGGUAUCCACUUCAAAGUGCGGAGUUGUAACUGUUAACAAAAGCACAGUUACAUAUCAUUAUAAUAGUUCUCGUGCAGAUAAUAAUAUUUAGUAACGAAAUUCUAAAUAGUAUAGUUAUUCAAUAGAAUAUCAGUGGUGUUUGUGAAGUUUUAUAGCAACAUAAAAAUUGGAUAAAAGGAUUGGAUUACGAUCACAUCACAUUUCACGGAAGAAAAGUUUGGAUAAUCAUUUGAUACAGAUGUGACGUUGUGCCACUUUGUCACCAUAUGAUGGCGACACGAUGGCUCAGUCUAUGGUUUGCAUCGAUUGUCGCUGCCCUCCUACUGCCAACAGCCCACCCGGCCGAAGAUGACAUCCGGGACGCCUCCUCUCUUGUCCUCUCGGACGCGUUCAAGUUCACGCGCCAGUCCUACAAUGUCAGCAUCCCCGAGAACGCCAUGGGAAAAACAUUCGUCACGCCCGAAGAAAAGAUGGGCGUGCAGAGGGGUGAAGAAGACCUGGAAGUUCGGUUCAAGAUAGUGAACGGCGAUCGCGACAAGUUCUUCAAGGCUGAGGAACGGUUGGUGGGGGAUUUUUGGUUUCUCCUACUCAGGACUAGAACAGGGAACACUGAUGUGUUGAAUCGCGAACGGAAAGACAGGUAUGUGUUGCAGGUUAGAGCGACGGCUACUAAGAGAGAUGGCAAAAAGACUGCGGUAGUUGACGCCGAAACUACUGUCAUCGUAACUGUCCUCGAUCAAAACGAUCUCAACCCUCUCUUCUACCCCACAGACUACGAGGAAACAAUAUCCGAGGAUGUUCCUCUACACCAGAGCAUCCUCAGGGUAUCCGCAGAGGAUGCAGAUCUGGGUAGGAAUGGGGAACUGUACUACAGCUUCCAAGAAGACACUGAACAAUUCGCUGUACAUCCUACAACCGGUGUUGUAACCCUCACCCGCCCCCUCCGAUACUCUGAAAGAUCGUUACACCAGUUGACAGUGCUCGCACAGGAUAGGGGGAGUGUGUUGAAGGGUGGGGGGAAACCCAGUGCAGCUCAGUUGAGAAUCAUAGUGAAGCAAGUGAACCUAUACGGACCAGAAAUGUAUGUUCACCACCUCCCAGAUAUUGUAGAAAAUUCAAACACUGAUAUUUAUGCGAUUGUCAGAGUGUUGGAUAGGGAUGAAGGUAUCCAUGGGAAGAUCAAAUCGUUGGAAAUUGUUGAUGGGGAUCCCGAUGGGCAUUUUAGGAUAACUAGGAGUCAAUCGAAAGUUGAUGAGUUCAAUAUUGAGGUGUUGAAGCUGUUAGAUAGGGAGACUGCACCACAAGGUUACAAUCUCACGUUGAGGGCUAUUGAUAGUGGGACACCUCCUAGACAAACCUACAAGUAUGUCCCUGUGCAUCUGGCAGAUCUCAACGAUAACGCACCAGUUUUUGAUAGGGAAAUCUAUGAGGUGGAUAUCCCAGAAACAGCACCCGUGAAUUCUCCUAUUAUUAGAUUGAAAGUAUCCGAUGCAGAUCAAGGGAAAAACGCUCAGGUUUUCUUGGAGAUAGUCGGAGGUAAUGAGGGUAAUGAGUUCAACAUCAACCCUGACACAGGCAUGUUGUACACUGCGGUGCCGUUAGAUGCAGAGGCAAAAGCGUUCUACACACUGACCGUUUCAGCUAUAGAUCAAGGCAACGCGGGAACACGUAAGCAAUCAUCGGCCAAAGUGAAAAUCAAUGUGGUGGAUGCAAAUGAUAAUGACCCCCUGUUUGAGGCCGCUGAAGUGAAUGUAACCAUCAAUGAAAAUGAACCAGCUGGCGCCGCAGUGAUCAAAGUCAACGCACGUGACCGAGAUUCCGGAGAGAACGCCUACAUCUCAUACAGUAUUGCCAACCUAAACCCUGUGCCGUUCGAGAUAGAUCACUUCACAGGCAGCGUGCGCACUACUCAGGUACUAGAUUAUGAAUCAAUGAGGCGAGAGUAUAUACUCAGGAUCAGAGCUUCAGAUUGGGGUGUACCCUACAGGAGACAGACAGAAAUGCAGUUGAGGAUAAUAUUGAGAGAUGUCAAUGAUAAUCGUCCCCAAUUUGAGAAAGUUGACUGCAAUGGUAACGUUCCCAGGUUAUUACCCAUUGGUAGUGAAAUAAUGACGUUAUCAGCGAUUGAUUUCGAUGCAGGGAAUAUCAUCAGUUAUAGAACAGUAUCCGGUAAUGAGGAUGGUUGCUUUUCUUUGGAUAGUACAUCAGGGGUGUUAUCUGUGACCUGUGAUUUGGCUGAUGUGAGUGUGAGUGAGAGAGUUGUAAAUGUGACAGCUACAGAUGGAACGCAUUUUGCUGACGUCACAAGUAUACGUAUGCAGCUUGUAAACACAAAACGGGUGAUGACUAAUAGUAAUAGUGGAGAUGAUACGGGUAACUUUCAGUGUCGUGAUACGGUAGCUAGGAGAUUGACUGAGGUUAUAGCGGCAGCUGAGAAAAAUAACAACCCUUCAAGUCAGGAAGAAUUUGCAAUGAUGCCUUCAAGGUAUGGUGAAAAUGUACACACCCCUGAAUGGCUCACAUUUCCGGUUCAUUUGGAGGUUAACGAAUCUGCACCCAUGGGGAUGGUAUUGACGAAAUUGAGAGCGAGGGAUCGUGAUUUGGGUUAUAAUGGGAAGCUUAUUUUUGGUAUAUCAUCCGGUGAUGAAGACUCUGUUUUCCGGUUGGACCCUGACACAGGCGAAUUAAAAAUUAUCGGGUUUUUGGAUAGAGAACGGGAGACUGAGUAUCUUUUGAAUGUAACUGUGUCAGAUUUGGGUCGACCUAUGAAAUCUACCUACAAAGUGCUCCCUGUUAAUGUGUUGGAUGUUAACGAUAAUGCACCCAAAUUCCAACGGACUUUAGCUAGUUUCAGGGUGACAGAGAACGCAAGGAAUGGGACGGUUAUAUUCAGGGUUAACGCUAGUGAUGCAGAUUUAGGGAGGAACGCGGAGAUCAUGUACUCAUUGGUGACGGAUACUGAUGAUUUUAAGGUUGAUCCUGUGUCGGGUAUGAUCUAUGUGGCAGCGAAUUUGGAUAGAGAGAAACAAGACUUGUAUGAGUUGAAGAUAAGGGCUAGAGAUUGUGGAGGGGAUAUGUCAGAUCCAGCUUCCUUACAUUCAGAUGCCCUGGUGAGGGUUAGUAUAGAUGAUGUGAACGAUAACCCUCCAAGGUUUAGUUUGAGUACGUACUCGGUGAAGACUCGCGAGGAUAUCCCGGAAGGAACCGUGGUAGCUACCGUGUCAGCAACCGAUCCCGAUCUAGGUCACGGUGGGGAGAUAACCUACAGUUUGUUCGGGGAAGCCGAGGUGUAUCUACCGUUCAAGAUCGACCAUCUCACGGGAACGGUUCGCACGGUGAAACGGUUAGAUUUUGAGGAACGACAGGUCCAUAGUUUAACAGUUCGCGCGACCGAUCGCGGUUCACCGCCUCUCACGUCUGAGGCGACUCUAGUGGUUGAAGUGGUCGAUGUCAAUGAGAAUCUGCAUGCGCCGUUAUUCGACGACUUCGUAGUGGCGGCUUCAGUGCUGGAGAAUCAGCCGAUUGGCACCCUGGUAACAACCAUCAGGGCGACGGACGCCGAUCUGCCCGGAGAUGACUCGAGGAUUGGAUACUACAUCAGAGCUGGGGAUGGCAUUGGAUAUUUCAACAUUGAUGAUGAAGGAAAUAUUCGCACACUGGCUGUAUUGGAUGCUGAAACAAAGACUCAUUUCUGGUUGACUGUUGUUGCUCAGGAUCAUGGGGUUGCUCCACUACAUUCCAGUUUACAGGUGUUCAUUUCGGUGGGCAACGUGAACGACAACGUGCCGUUGAGUGUGGAGGCCGUCUACUACCCGCAUGUUGCAGAAAACUCAGCGGCCGGCACCCCAGUCGUGCAGCUGUAUGCCCGGGAUGACGACCUUGAUUCUCAGCAGGUGCUCUCCUUCAGGAUCACAGCUGGCAAUCCGGAGAGCUUCUUCACUAUUGAUUCCAGCUCAGGUCUGAUAAGCACGACGGGACGCAGGCUGGCGGAAACGCAGGCCGAACACAUUCUGGAGGUUACAAUCAGUGAUGACGGUUCUCCAACUCUCUCAUCAACCACAAGGGUGGUGGUAGCAGUUGAUGACGUCAACGACCAUGCUCCAGAGUUCGAGCAGGCUUUCUACAAGAUCGUGAUUCCUCGCACCAGACACCAAGAUGCGCCACUCUUCCAGAAUGGAUCUGGUGACACAGAGCUCGCUCUCGAAGCUCUGCUUGAAAACGGAACUUGGGAAAGCUUCAUAGAGGAUGAACUACUUGGGGAGGCUCUGUUCAGGGUGCAUGCUGUUGAUAGAGACAUUGGCAAUAAUGCUGAGCUGCACUACAGCAUCAAAUCGGGCAGAGGAAAGGGAAAAUUCGGGAUACAUCCCAGUACAGGAACUGUUUAUUCGCAAAGAUCUUUCGCAGCAGGACAGGAAUAUGAUCUAUUGGUGAAAGCAACCGACUACGGUUCGCCCAACAAGAGCUCAACCGCCCGCGUGUCAGUUACAGUGAAGGACACCCCAGAGGAGUCCCCGCACGCCCCCGUCAUUCGACAGCCGGACCAGCGAGUGCAGGUGACAGAGAGCGACACUGUCGGCUUCCUGGUGGCUCUGGUCCAGGCAACAGACGAGGACGGAGAUAUGUUGUGGUACUACAUUGUUGGUGGUGAUCCGAGAUCGGAAUUUGUGAUCAGCGGAGACAAAGGCAGUGUUCUGGUGGCCAAGCAGCUAGACAGAGAGGUGCAGUCUGAAUACAAUCUCACCAUUAGUGUAACUGACGGAGUACACACUGUACUCACACAGUUAUACGUGACGGUGAUGGACAUAAACGAGCACCGACCGUGGUUCACACAGAACCUGUACUCUGCGAACGUGUCUGAGAGCACGCCGGUCGGCACGGAAGUGGUGCAACUGCAGGCCACAGAUGAGGACCAGGAUAGCAAGGUGCUCUACAGUCUGCACUCGGCACGCAGCCCCGCUUCGCUCGCCGCAUUCAAAGUUGACUACCAGACUGGAGUUAUCACUGUCGUGCAAUCGCUUGACAGAGAAAGCAUAGCAGAACACCUGUUAACAGUUAUGGUUAAGGACGCAGGCACUCCGGCCAAACGCAACUUCGCGCGGGUUGUGAUCCAUGUCUACGAUGCGAAUGACCACGCCCCAGAGUUCAGCUCAGCCAUCAUCCAAGGUCGCGUUUUUGAGACAGCUGAUGUCGGAUCAGCUGUUGUCACUGUGCUGGCUGUCGACAAAGAUCACGGCAAUAAUGCCGUCAUUACUUAUUCUAUCACUUCAGGGAACGUGGGCAACGCCUUCACGAUAGAUCCAUUGAUGGGAACAAUACGAGUGGCCAAGGAACUAGACAUGAACUCAAUCGCCGAGUACAUGCUGAUUGUGAAGGCUGUGGAUGGAGGGGCUACUCCACUAUCCUCCACGCUUCCAGUGCAUAUCAUGGUGGUUAUGGCUGAUAAUGCCGCUCCAAGAUUCUUGAAACGUGAAGUAGCAGCUGAACUGUAUGAAAACGAACCAGCCGGAGCUGUGGUGAAACAUCUGGAAGCAAGGAGCACAUCUUCCCUUCUCUUCGAGUUGAUACGCGGCGAUUCGGAAGGACAUUUCGCUGUAGACCCCAGCACAGGUGUGGUGACGACACAGCAACCACUGGACUACGAGACGAACCGAGUGUUCAACCUGAGUGUGACGGCGACCAGUAUGGCGGGCGCCAAGGCUGUGUGUCACGUGAUAGUUCAUGUGCUGGACAGAAACGACAAUGCCCCACGAUUCGUGCAGGCUGCUUAUGAGGGCAAGGUGGCCGAGGAUUCGCCAGUCGGCACCCUGGUGUUGACCAAUGGGAGUGUGCCUUUGGUGAUCAAGGCUAGUGACGCAGAUAGUGAGCUCAAUUCACUAUUGCAGUACGACAUUGUUGAGGCCGGCCCUAGGAGGAUGUUUCAUAUUGAUUCCAGUACUGGUGCCAUCCGUACCAUGCAGAUGCUCGAUUACGAAACGAUGCCUGAGGUGGUUUUCCAUGUGCGGGUGUCCGACCUGGGGAAGCCGAGACUGUCGUCUGAGACGGCCGCCAAGGUUCGCAUCAACAUCCUCGACACCAAUGACUGUGUGCCCGCCUUCACGCAGAAGGAAUACAAGGCUUCCGUUCUCAUGCCCACCUUCACUAAUGUCGCUGUCAUACAGCUUGAAGCAAAAGAUGGAGAUUCGGCUGAUCUGACCAAGCUGUCGUACGAGAUUCUGACGGGCAACUCGGAGAACAUAUACGCGAUGAACUCGUCGACGGGAGUGAUCACAGUGAGGGACACCGUCAGGGCGAGGACAUCCCCGCAUCGACUCAAAGUCAGCGUGUCCGACGGACGGUUCUCCAGCGAAGCUCACGUGAACAUCCAGUGGGAACAGAGCCAGCAUUCGGGUCUGAUGUUCCAGCGCAAACUGUACCAGGGCUCGGUGCUGGAGAACUCGACCAAGGUGUCGACGGUGUCCGUGGUGAACGUGGUGGGCAGCCAGCUCAACGAGCACCUCGUCUUCACCAUCCUCAACCCCUCGCCCCUCUUCCAGAUCGGCCGCACCUCAGGUGCCGUGCGAACCACGGGUCUUCGCUUCGAUCGCGAACUCCAGGAGCAUUAUCAGCUUAUAGUGCAGGCAAGGAGCGAGGAGUACGGCCGAGACUCUCCCCAGGUGGCGCAUGUGCGUGUGAAUGUCACUGUACUGGACAUCAAUGAUAACUGCCCCAUGUUCGUCAACCUGCCCUAUUACGCUGUUGUCUCUGUAGACGCGCACAAAGGAGAUGUCAUCACUAAGGUUCAUGCCAUAGACCUGGACAAAGGCGAGAAUGGUGAGGUGAGAUAUGAACUGAUAAGAGGCCACGGAGAGCUGUUCAGGGUGGAUCGCAAAUCGGGAGAAAUCAGCCUCAAACAGGGACUUGAGGGCCACAACAAAGACUAUCAGCUCAUUAUUGCUGCCUAUGAUGGAGGUAUGUCACCCUGCUCAACCGAGGUCCAAGUCAACGUAAAAGUGAUGGACAGAUCAAUGCCAGUCUUUGACAAACAAUUCUACACCGUUUCGACUCCCGAAGACAUAGAGGUGCAUACUCCACUAGCUGCCAGCAUUAGGGCCGAAUCACCUCUCGACAGAAAACUCAUCUAUUCAAUUGUCAACGGAAAUCAUUUCGAAGAGUUUGCUGUUGAUUUCAAUACUGCUUCUGAUGACAGCAAUGGACCUUGCGUGCUGUACGUAGUGGAUGAACUAGACUACGAGACAAUGCAGCAGUACGCUCUGACUCUGCGUGCAACGGACAGUGUGUCGGGCGUGUAUGCCGAGGUGCUCGUCAGUGUUAUUGUCACGGAUGUCAACGACUGUCCACCCGAGUUCCCGUUUGAGUCAUACAAUGUGUCCUUCUCGGAGGCCUCGCCGUUCGGGUCUCUAGUGCUCAAGGUUGUCGCCAAGGAUAAUGAUACAGGACUGAACGGUGUGAUCAGGUACUCGAUGAAAAACGACAGCGGUAAUUCGUCGGACUACUUCCACGUGGACGCCGAGGACGGCUCCGUCUACCUGAAGCAGUCUCUCGACCAUGAGCUGCAGACGUCGCACCAUCUAGUCAUUGCCGCCACUGACUCGGGCAAACCAUCGCUCUCCACCACCGUACAUGUCUGGAUCACUGUGCUGGACAUGAACGACAACGCGCCCAAGUUCGAGCAGCAGUCUUACACGUGUUGGCUGUCGGAGGAGGCGACACGUGGCCAGUUCGUGACAAUCGUCACGGCCAGCGACCCUGACACUGUCGACCACUCGCGGCUGGUCUACAGUAUAGUCGGUGGCAACCCUCAGCAGACGUUCUCUGUCGACACUAACUCUGGUAUAAUAACUGUGAUCAACCUGCAGAAACUGACCGAAACCCGCAGCCACAUACUGAACGUGUCAGUGAGCGACGGGGUUUACACGAGCUUCACACGGGUCAGCGUCGAGUUGACUGCAGCCAAUCAGCACAGCCCUAGCUUCGAGAAGAGCCAAUACGAGGCGAGGGUGGGGGAGAACCUGUUGGCGGGCACUAGGGUCAUCAAGGUCACCGCACAUGACAGGGAUGCCGGAGUUUAUGGUCAGGUCACCUACUCCAUACCCUCGCAUAGGCUCGGAGAGAUGUUUUACAUUGGUAAUUUGACUGGAGAAAUCUGGACGCGCACCCCGCUGGACCGCGAAGAGCACCGGAUCUACGAGAUCCCCGUGAUGGCGGUGGACUCAGGCGGCCGGUCAGGUUUCUCGUCGGUGCGCCUGCGCGUCCUGGACGAGAACGACAACCCACCCGUCUUCCAGCUGUUGGAAUACAAGGCGUGCAUCAGUGCCGACCUGCAACCCAACUCUGGGUUCCUCAAUGUGCUGGCAGUGGAUCCCGACGAAGACCUGAAUGCUGAGAUCGAGUAUUCCAUCUACGAGACUGAGUCGAGCGGCGUCAAGGAGAUUUUCUCCAUCAAUCGACGGACGGGUUCGCUCUCUCUGCUCAAAUCACUUGUGCCUUAUGAAAACCAAAUGUUCCAAUUCUUCGUGAGAGCGACAGACCAGGGUUCCCCGCCACUACACGCCGACGUACCUGUCGAUGUGUACGUGAUGAGUGCCUCCGAUACGCCCCCUCUGUUCCAGCAGCGCGACCAGAAGUUCUUCAUGUCCGAAAAUGCUCAACCUGGAAGCGUAAUAACCCGUGUGAAGCUGAUAUCAGACGUUCCCGUCACCUACCGACUGAUGGGCGGAGGCAGUAUGUUCAGCAUAGACAUGGAGGGUGAGAUCACCCUGUCGGGGGCCCUCGACCGGGAGACAGCCCCCUCUCACCUCAUCAGCGUCCUCGCACUCACCGACUCCAGUCCCCCGCUCACUGCGCUCACCGAGAUAACCCUCCAGGUCUUGGAUGAAAACGACAACCCUCCACAGUUCGACUCGGAUCGGUACCAGGUCAAUGUGGCUGAGAAUGUGCAGGAGGGUACGCCUAUACUCAAAGUUCACGCCACCGACAAAGACGGAGGUAGCAACGGUGAGGUGCGCUACUCUCUGCGUGGUGGUGACAUCUUCACGGUGGACGCCUACACCGGAUGGAUCACCACUCUGGUGGCCCUAGACAAGGAGACCACCCCCUCCUACUCGCUCACUGUGGUGGCCAUUGAUGGCGGAAACCCCUCUCUCUCCGCCACCACUCAGGUCUUUGUUGCACUGGUCGACUACAACGAUAAUCCACCCGUUUUUACGCAGGACUCCUAUGUGGCUGCUGUGAACGAAGACGCCCUCCCAGGCACAGUGGUAGUCCAGGUAUCGGUGAACGACCUUGACCGCGAGGUGAGUUCGCCGGUGGAGUUCCACGUGACCGCGGGUGACCGCCACGCGCAGUUCGCGGUCAGGGCGACCGGAGAGGUGUACGUCGCCCGCCAGCUGGAUCGCGAACAGCAGGACAGCUAUCAUCUCACUGUGCUUGCCACUGAUGGAAAGUUUGUGGCCCUAGCUUCCCUCCAGGUCGAUAUACUAGAUGCUAAUGAUCAACAACCGUACUGCCUGAGAUACAGGUAUCAGGAGAUGAUUUCGGAGGGUGUGUCACCUGGUACAUAUGUGUUGACUGUUCUGGCCACUGAUGCUGACCUUGAACCGAAGCUCAGGUUUUAUCUUACUGGAAACUCGGCUGAUCAUUUCUCCCUCGAUAGAGCUUCAGGUGAACUGAAAACAGCCCGUCUGCUAGACAGAGAGCAGAUAGCGCGCUACCAACUGACUGCGCAUGUGCAAGACAAGGACUGGGAGUGUCUCUCUCACAUCGAGAUCAUCCUGUCAGAUCUUAACGAUAACACGCCCACUUUUGCCAACCGCAACUACACUGCCACUUUGCCCGAGGACUCGCAGAUCGGAACACUGGUCACCAAGAUGCAUGCUACCGAUAACGAUAUUGGCAUGAACCGCAAAAUCCGCUACUACCUUUUGGACUCGGCUGACGGCCACUUCACCAUCGCCUCAGACUCGGGUAUCAUCACACUGGCCAAGCCACUCGACCGCGAGACGCAGGCCUCCUACAACCUGACCGUGAAGGCGGUCGACCAGGGCUCGCCGCCACUGUGGAGCAUCACGGCCCUCACCGUCAUUGUGUUGGACGUCAACGACAAUCCGCCCGAAUUCGUGUCGCGGUCCUACAACGCCAUCGUCCCCGAGAGCACGGCUGUCAACACGGAGGUCGCGCACCUGUUGGCAACGUCGCUUGACACCGGCAUCAAUGCGCAGAUUGUCUACUCGAUCAUCGGCGGAAAUGAGCAUGGCAAGUUCUACAUCGAUCAGAACACAGGUGUGAUAACAAUAUCCCAACAAUUGGACUACGAACGCGCUCACGACUACCUACUAACAGUACAGGCGACCGAUCUGGGAACACCGCCACUCAGCAACCAGGCCCUCGUCAAUGUAACAGUUACCGACAGUAACGACAACCAACCGAUAUUCACACAACAGUCGUACUCGGCACGGGUAUCCGAGGAUAUCCCCAUCGGUGACUCGGUGAUUCAAGUAACUGCUACCGACCUGGACAGCGGAAAGAACGGGGAAGUCAGUUACCACAUUGAACGGGGUGACAGGCAUCAGCAGUUCUACAUUGAUCCCAGCACUGGAACUAUUUCGGUGGCUAGGCCUCUUGAUCGGGAGAUGGUUUCCAGCUAUGUUCUGCAAAUUCGGGCCACCGACAAUGGAAUUCCUCGAGUAUCGAAUCUCGCCAUGGUCAACAUCGAUGUUCUUGACAUCAACGAUAAUCCGCCUCUCUUCCUCCAACCCAACUACACUGCCAUUGUUCAGGAGGACAAAAAACCAGGCUGGGGCGUGACCAAGCUGACCGUUUCGGACGCAGACAUCGCUCCGAACGGGGCACCCUACACGUUCGAGAUCCUUUCCGGUGACCUGGGAGGCACCUUCCGUGUGGAACCGGACGGUAUGGUGCGAACGGCCGCCAAACUCAACUACAAACUGCAAUCUACCUACCUGCUACAUAUACGUGUUUUUGAUAAUGGAUCUCCUAUACUGUAUUCCGAUACUUGGUUAUUGGUGAAGGUGAUAGAGGAGUCACAGUUUCCACCAUCCGUUUCACCCUUGGAUAUUUGGGUGGGGUCGUACUUGGACCGCUGGCCUGGUGGGGAGUUGGGUAGGGUACAUGCUACAGAUCCUGACCAGUAUGACACGUUAACCUUCGGUUUAGCGACAAAAACCCCGUUAUUUACCAUCAACCCUGUAGACGGCGUGUUAACCGCUGAACCAGGUUUAGACACCGGUCGUUACAACCUCAACGUAACCGUGACCGACGGAAAAUACACGUCCCACGCCAACGUACGUGUAACAGUGGACGCGUUAUGGGACGACCAGCUACGGGAGGCUUACAGUAUCCGGUUGAAUGGUGUAACACCCCAUAACUUCAUCCUUAGCCAACGGAAAGGUCUCCUACGUGCUCUAAAAUCUACCCUCCUCAAGGAUACGUCACUGAUCAGUGUGCAGGAGGCGAAACACGGGUACCUGGAUGUGUUGCUGACUAUAAAGGGUGGGGUGGAAGUGGAGCUGUUCAAUGCAGCGUUGCAGAGUAUAGGACUGAACGGCGUGGUGUUGAAUUGUGAGUGCCUUAAUGAAGCGGUCUGUCGACAGAGGAUUCAGUUGGAGUCUGAUCGCAUCCUGACGUUCGCUACGGAUGUGACCAGUUUUGUAGCUCCGCUCAUACGCAUGAUCUGUACUGCGCCUGUAAACUGGGGUAUGCUGGCGACCGUUGUGAAGAAGUAGUGCCUUCAGCGGAGUGCGCGUGCGAGAGUGGUGAGGUGUGUGUGCCCCAGCCCAAGGCACCCGGCUACACAUGUUUGGCCCCGCCCCUUUGUUCCUCAUCGACCAAUCAGACGUGUCCGCCGCCGCCUGCCAUCACGUCAAGCAUCUACUCCAUCACAUGGGAGGAGCUUAUCGCCAUUUGCAUCGCUGUCUCCGCCAUAUUCCUGCUUGUCAUCAUAUUUAUACUGUACAGACGCUGCAGGAACACGACACGAGUAACAAGACUGAACAAGAGUCCACCAGUUCUCAAUCCAGACAUCAAGAGGACGUCAAAAUUGAGCAACCUGGAAGUGUCGCCUGUCACACAACUGUGUCCCCAGCGCCCCGUUUCGUACGCUGCCAGCUGUAACAAUGAGAUCUAUUCGCCACCUCUGAACAACUUGGACACCCUGCGAAGUUAUGGCUCGGCUGGCGAUGAACUCGAGAAUGUCCCGCCAGACUACCUCCGCAAUUUGAACCGCAACCACACCAACAACCAACACAAAAUCAACAACGAUCUGAAACGUGGCUCAGACAAUCCUCCAAGAACAACGAGACGUUCCCUGAGCUGCGUGGAGGAUGAUGCCAACAGAAUUGUGGCAACCGACUGGCCUCACCAAGGUCAUCAAGGUUACCACUGGGAUUGCUCGGACUGGGUUCGACCAAGUCAGAUACCUCUGCCGAAUAUCACGGAAGUUCCGGGUAGUGAAGUGCCAGACUCAUCCAGCUUCCACAGCAACGACAGCAAUGAAUCACCCAUCGCUACUCACAGGCUGCUCACUCCAGUGGACCCAGCCCGUGACCUAGCCACCCUGGACGAAGAACUGUACCUAACCUAUCGUAGCGAGGAGGAGGACGUGAUACCCUAUGGAUUUCCGCGCAGCUAUCCCAGUCACAGCGACCUGUCAACGAACGUCUGCGACAUAGAGGACUCUGACGUGCCAACAUAGCGCAUCGCCACUCACAAACUGAGCAGGGCACUCUAUUAUCUAGCUGCGUCGAAGGUGUCGUGCCGGUUUGUGUUUCCUGUCGCCAAAAUAAUUGAGGUUAUGUAUGCCCGAGCUUCCUCUCUGCCAACAUUAUUCUAUCACCAAUUAUUCUACUUCAAAUGUUGAUAGAUUGUCUACGAAACAAUUAUUUUUGGCUACUCGUUGUAAUACCAUAUUAUACAGAUUUCGAACGACAUUUUCUUGAAACAGUUGUUUAAACUAUUGACAAACCCUUGCAGAUUGGAUCUGAAGUUUCUAUGUGGGAUAUUAAGUAAUUUGUAAUAAUGAGGAAUAAUGUACCUAUUAUGAGAAAAUGAGUGAUAACUUUUACUUCUUAUCCAAACCAAUGUCGAGGCAAAAAACAUUUUGGAUGUAAUACAUAAUUCCAAUUAUAAAAAACUUUACUUCUACAAAUAAUAGAAAUCUUCUAUCCCUCUACUGUAGAAGAAGACCUAUCCCUACUGUGAAUGUAAAGGUGCGUACAGACUUAUGCGCCACGAACACGUGCAUUUCGCUUUUCGUCAACUGAUGUUCAGCUAAUUAUAUUUGUAUUUGUAAGAUGAAGGUAUAAUAAGUUGAUGGAAAAUGAAAUGCAUGUGUUUGUGGCGCGUAAGUCGGUACGCACCUCAACAGUUUGUGAUGAAAUACUAGAGCCACAAAAAUAGCAUUGUUGUUUAUUGAGGGGAGUUGUAUCACAGUUUCCAGUUGGAAUAUCAAUGUUGUUGCUGUACUAAUUUUCCAGAUACUGUAUAUGUGAAUACUUGAAUAGCAAUCUAUUCAAUCAACUAACUCAUUAACGGACUAAACUUCUUACGAUCAAGAUAAUAAUUAUGGAUUAAUUGAGUAUAAAUUAGAUCUCGAACAUGUGUUAAUAUCGUAUCACGUUGAUCGAUAAUGUGUAAUAAUUAUCGUUUGUCUUCCAAAAUAAAACAAAUAAUUUCGAUUGGAAGUUUCGAGAGAAUACUUGUUCAAAAUAUAAAUAAGAUCAUCAUUCUUGAAGGCGAGUGUACUAAGUGUGAAAGAACAUUAUUGCUAACUAUUCCUGUGCUAAUUUAAUGUGCUGACGAAAUAUUUUAGUUGAUAUUUAUGAAUAGUCCAUGAUGUAUUUGUUGAAAUCAUCACUAGCUCUUCCAAUUAUUGGUUGAUGAUUUUAUCGUUUUCAUUAGCAUACCUUUUUCAAGUUGACAAGAUCAUCUUGUUUGCAUUAUUUUGUACUGUUAAUCCUCGAAUAUUCACCUCUGAAGGAAAUGUUUUUCAAUGUAUUGAAUUUUAAUUGAAUUCCGAUGUAAAAAUCAGAAAGGAACAAAUAAUAUAGUGAUGUGGUGUAAUGGAAAAUUUAUCAUUGAAAGAACUUAUUUCUGUUGAGGAAGAUAUCCACGUUUAUUACACCUGGUGUGAAAACCCAUCCCAUGUGGUCAUUUUUGAAAGACAAUUCUAAUACUAAAAAAAUGUUGCUAAUAUACAACAGAAGGUUGAACACUCACAGGUCUAAGAUUCAAAGUGGUGGGGAACUCAUCUGUCUACUAACUUUGGCUAAUAUGUAGCCUAAUUCACGUAGGAAAUUGAUCGGUCAAAGCUUUGUGCUCUGAGUAUGAUCUGAUUUUAAAAACUGAUACUUUGAACACAUUAUAUCCUUGUUUCCCCAAUCUGAAAUAUUCUAUACGUUCUGUAAUAUAACAAGUGUAAUAAAUUAUAUCCCACUGGGCAGCUGUAGAUGAAAUCACAUCUAAAUUGAAUAAAAACAAGUUUCAAUUUUGAAACUCUUGAUAAGACUGAGCAAAAUAGAGUUGACAGUUGCUUAACAAGUUUUAUCUGUUGAGAAGCAUUUUAUAUCGUGCUCCACUUUGU